AUGGUUGUAAAAAAAUUAAUUGAAGUUAUGAGAAUAAUUUUAUCUUUAACUAUAUUUAUAUUAUUAAUUAUUAUUGGUGAAGGAAAACGUGAUGCUAAUCAAAAAUUAAAAGCAUGUUGCGCAAGACAAAAAAAUGCUGAUAAAGAUUGUAAAAGAAAAUUUUGUGAUUUUAAUAUUCUUACAAAAGAUAAUGUUAUGACAUUUUUAAAUACAUGUAAUCCAAAAGGUACAACAGUUCAAGAUAUGUGGGACUGUGCCUCAUCACGUGUUGAUCAUACAGAUUGUUGUAAAAAAAAUAAUGUUGUUGAGGAAUGUUUACCAUAUUGUAAAUCUGGAAAUUCAACACCAACAGAAUAUUUUAAACAUUUAUUCUGUAUGCAAGCUUUUAAUGGAAUUAAAAAUUGUUUUAGAAAUUAUCUUGAAACUCAUCCUAACAUUUUUGGAGACAAAUAA